CCGGAGGAGGGCUGCACCACCACACCACACUCCACGCUCCCGUGCUCUCUCUCCAGCCAACUACACCAGCGCGCGAGCUAGACGGUGACUCUCCCCUCCCAGGGUCGGUGCAACGGCAACCAUGGCGUUCACGCAACGGCAACUCGACCUCAUCCGCGCCCACCUCCUCGACGACCUCCACGCCGAUGCCGACUCCCUCGCCAGCUGCAGCUGUGACUCCGACUCCAGUGCUUCGUCGCCGCUGGGGCGGCGGAGGCCGGCGCUCUCCUUGUUGCUGCCGCCGAAGCCGGCGACGACGAUCCUGGGGCGGCAGCCUCAGCAGGAGAUCUGCGGCAACGUGGAGGGACAGGAGGAGGAGGAGGACGACUUCCGGCGGUACCGGGGCGUGCGGCUGCGGCCGUGGGGCAAGUUCGCGGCGGAGAUCCGGGACCCGGCGCGGAAGGGGGCGCGCGUGUGGCUCGGCACCUACGACGACGCCGUGGAGGCCGCGCGCGCCUACGACCGCGCCGCCUUCCGCCUCCGCGGGUCCAAGGCCAUCCUCAACUUCCCCAACGAGGUCGGCACCCGAUCCAUCCAAUGGACCUCGCCUGCUCCCCUCGCCGACACCAUCGCCGCUGUGCCCACCGGCGGCAAAAGGAUGAGGCCGGCACAGGAGGAAGAGCGCCUGAGGGAGGUGAAGAAGGAGAGGCUGCAGCUGAAAGAGGGUGAUGAGGAGGGUUGUAUUGCCGCGAACUACAACGCUGCAGGCGGGGACGCGCCAGCGAGCUGGGACGGCGUGGCGGCGGCUAGAGACGCCGACAUCUGGGAGGAGCUGAAGGUGAUCUGCAGCCUGCCGCCCCUCUCGCCGCUGUCGCCGUACCCGCACUUCGCCUUCCCUCAGCUCUCGGUCGUGAACUGAGCAGGGGGGGGGGGGGGGG